AGGUCUGGCAAAAUCACUUUACUAUUGCAUGUUCAUACAUCGUUACUCUGUAUGUAAUAAUGUGCGGCGCACCGUAUAACACAGUUUCGUAUUUCCAACAUAAAUCUUAAAUGUUUUAAUUGAUUACAGAGGAACUACGAUUUUAAAAUUUUCGGAAAAAGACGGCAUUUUUUUAGUGUAACACCAGUUAUCGCUGCUGUUAUGGAAACGAGCUAACAGCUGAAACGGGUCAUUGCAGUAUUUGCAUACUAUAGAAUAGAAUAGAGGCAUUUUUACAUUGACAGAAACAUAUUUAAGCUAAAUCUGCGUUACUGCAUAGAAAACAGCAUGUGCGCCGAUCGCUUUUCCUUGUCUGUGGAAGAAUACCUAACUAAAAAACAUGUUCUGUUUUACAUUGAGGACUGUGUGACUCAAGUCUUGGAACACAAAGAAGAAUACACUCAGUUUGGCAUUUUACGAUUCCUUUCGGAAUAUUUUAACAGUGUGAAGAAAGGAAAUCACAUCCUUUUUCGAGAGUUUUCCUUUGUCAGAGCCACUCCUCACAACAGAUCUUCCUUCCUACAUAUGUUCUGGAGGUGUUUUAGACAGAUUGGGAAGAAUGGAGACCUGCUCUCUAUGAUGGAGUAUGCUUCUCUCCUACAGCUUAUUUGUCCAGACUUUCCAGAGGAUGUGGUGCAAAAGGCAGCAAGGAUUGUCCUUAUGGAUGAUGCAAUGGACUGCCCAAUGUCUUUCUCUGACUUUCUCUAUGCAUUUCAGAUUCAGUUCUACUAUGAGGAAUUUCUGGAAAGUACAGCAGUCAUAUAUCAAGACCUCCUUUCUGGGAAAUGCCCAAACACUGUCAUCGUCCCAACAUCUUCUUCAGUUGAACAGUGCCCCCGUCUGGUUAGCAGUGAUACUGCGGCACAUGAAGGAGUGGAUUCCUUUGUAUUCUGCAACUGUGUUGAAGGUCUUUGUGAGCGAUUCAAAUACAGUUUCCCACCUGUCCACUGUAUUAAAGAGAUUCUUGGCAACGUACAACGCAUAUCAUUUUAUAGUUUUCUGAUGGCCCUUGCAAAACAUGAAGAAAUUAAUAGUAACAUUGGUUCCCUACCAAGCAAGGCAGAAGUUCUGAUAGAUCCUGAAAUGGACAAGGAGUUAGAAAAGCUAAUUGCCCAGAUUUCACUGAGUCAAGCGUCCAACAGCAGUAACAGCACCACAACAGGACACAAGGAGCCAAUCAGGAAGGCAUCUCCAAAAAAAUCUCUACAUCACCGGAGAAGAAUUGAGGUUGAAAGUGAUGGCUCCACAGAAGAGACUGACUCAUCUGAAAACUAACAGGCUGUAAAGCUAUGGAGCCUCUUGAGGACACAUGACUUGAAAACAGCAAACUAUAUAGGGGUGGCAUUGAGUGGAAGGGUGGUCUGAAAGACACAACGAGAGCUGAAUUGGAUGUAGUAGUGAGCCAGUUUAUGGUCUGUGAUGACCUCAACAUUUGUAAUUCUUACAGUGGCUCAGCUGUACACUCAAUUUGUAUGUCCUUCACAAACACACACACACACACACACACACUGCUUCCUUAACCUACAUUAAAUGUAUUAUUUCAUUAAGAGUAUCCUUACAUGGCGCCACAGUGUUUGUUAUUAUUAGUGGAGCUCAACUCCCCCAAAUCUUGUGUUUACUGCAAUAAGCACUGGAACCUUGUUGAUCGAUAUACCUAGGAAAAUUAUUACAAGUCUUUCUUUCUUAAUGAAUAAUAUAGUGAUAAUUUAAAAACUUUAAAGGUCAAUUAUUUGUUGUGAAAAAUGUUUUCAAAUGCUUCAUCACUGUUUACAUACCUUAACAGAUUUUAAAAUUUUAAUCACUAAAUUAAAAUAAAUUACUAAAUUAAAUUACUAAACAAAAAAAUAUCCCAACAAAUAAAUCUCAAGAUAUAGCAAAGAACAUGAUUUAUUUGAUUAUGGUUGUAAUAGAGAAUUAUUCUAAUCUUUAACAAAAUAAAGUUUUUAUUCAAAUUAAUUCUUGUUAAUAUUAAUAUAAUAAUGAAAGGGAUAACAAGGCAAAGUGAAAUGUAUGCUUUGAGCAAUUGGGAGUGUCAAGACGUGCAGACAGCUUUGCCUAGAAUUUGAUCAUACACUUUCAAUUUUAAUACUCUGUCUCCUCUCAGCGGUGUUCAUGAGCAUUGCAUAAUACUCACUUUGAAAAA